AUGACAGCUGUCAACGCAACGGAAAAAUGCCCAAUAGUUGUAGAUCUAAUCACAAAAGGAGAUGCUUUGGAAACGACCAAUGAAGCAGAAAAGGAAACAUCACCGGAAAAGGAGCCACCAAAACCUAAAAAGCUCAAAGAGACAGAAAAAAAUAAAAAGCAGAAAACGAGAUUGAUAAUCACGGAUGAGGAAAUAGAUGCACAUCUGUAUAAACGUUCGUUUGAGCUCUCUGACAAUAAUUUAACAUAUGAGAUCGCGAAAUUGAAAAAGAUGAGCAAAAAAGCAGCUCACGGGUUCAUGAUUCAAUUGCGUCAGCGUGCAAAAGCUGAAAAAGGAGAUUCGCCUAAGAAAGCGAACGAUGCAAAAGCGAGCAAUGUCAAUCCUCCUGCACUUCUUCCAUGGUGUCCUGAUGCUCAUUCCCUCAUUCCUCGAGGAGUGCUUUCCGAGUUGAGCCAAAGCGAGCAAACUCGUUACCUAGGGAUUUGCCAGAAUCUGAUGAAUUCAGGAUCAGUCCGAUUCGUACACAAUUUGAAAGAACUGAGGGAUUUUCAAAAACGAGCCGACCCGGAGCGAAGCUACGUGGAAUCCUAUGUUUUUGAUAUGAUAGAGAGCAAUCUGGAAAGUGAAACUUCGAUUCAUAAGGACCAUCCUUUGUCUUUCGUGCAUAAUAUGGCCCGUGGAUUUGUAUUGAAACGUUGGAAAAAACGUUGGUCUGAUCACAACUUUCCAAAAAAGUUUGACUGCUCAUCACCUGUGUGCUCAGUUGAAUGGAAAACGCAAGCGUGUUUCACAGAACAGGACAAUUUCCCCAAUCUCGUAACAACCGUUCUGAAAGGACGCCACGAUAGGAUUCAGCUUCCGAGUCUCGUUCGCCGUUGUAUGCUGGAAACAUCUAGAUUGUACAAUAAUUAUCCUACUGAAGCCAGCGAUUCCGAUCGCAUAAUUGACGAUUUUGAUAAUAUAACAAAGAUGUGCCUUGAAUACGGCGCUCGAGUAGCGAUGGAUGCAACCACUGCUUGCCAUUUGAUGAGUGAACCUUUUGCUGGGCAUGAAUACUCAUAUGCUGUACCUAUCCGUGUUGUAGAAAAAGUUGUUCAAGGAACAACGACGAACGUAGCUGUCCUUGGUAAACCGCGCCCACUUGGUGCAGUCGAGCCGGUAACCAUCCAUCGGCAAUUUAUCAAAUAUUUAUUGAAGUCAACAUAUGUCACUAAGAAGGGGAGAACGUACUCAGUAUUCUCUAUCAUUGGAUCAAAUGUGCUAGUGCGCUCUCGCCCUGCACCACUCUGUUCUGAAGGGCAUCAAUCUUUGAAAUCUAUGCCGUUGUCUUUCCAGCCCAAAGUUGAAUACAUCCCGAAUGCUGGAGCUAUGCGCUUACUUGAUGCGGAAUCUGGUUGGAAUUAUUGCAAAGAGAUUUUCAAGCAGUCUGCCAAUCAUGCUCUCUUCAGGACUCACUUCAACUUCCGACUAUCGACUGGGAGUGAACAGCAGUGGACUGGACCUACUAUUCGGCAGGACGCUAGACGAAUGUUAUCUGCGCACACUACUCGGUUCGCUAAACUUGUCGAAGAAAUUAGCCACCUUCCACAUGGUGACUACAUGCUCAUCAAUAGGAAUGACGGUGUUGUUAAAAUUGUGCCUCAGCUGGAUGAGCAUAUGGAUGCGUGA